GCAUAUAGUGAGACGAAUAUUCGGCAAACUGUUGCUCUGAGGUGCUCGCAAUGUUUAAAAAUUUUGUGGUUUUCGCCACAACCUGUGUCUGUUUAGUAGCAGCACACAAGCAGGUGGAUGUCCACACUGCCGACAAGACUUUUUUGACAAAACAAAAAGAAAUUUGGAGCCUUUUUUGGCACAUCGAUCAACCGACAACCGUCAAUUCAGAGCUUUAUCAAGUAGCCCGUUCAUUCAGCAUUGAAGAUCAUGUCGACUCUUACACUAACGCGAGCUACGUUCAUCACUUCAUGGAUCUCUACAAACAUGGAUUGAUUCACCGCGAUGCCGUAUUCUCAAUGUUCCAUCCAGAACAUUACCACGAAGCUGAUGCUCUUUUCAAACUUUUCUUCCAUGCCAAAGACUGGGAAACUUUCUACAACACAGCAGUGUGGGCACGUUUCAACGUAAACCCCAAAUUAUUUGGUUACGUUUUUGCUGUUGCUGUAAUUCAUCGCCCAGAUACUAAAUUCGUCACUCUACCGCCUUUAUACGAAGUAAUGCCACACUACUUCUUCAACAACGAGGUGAUGCAAGCAGCUUAUCAUGUCAAAAUGGGAGAUUCCAGCGUUAAGAAAGCCAUUGGCGUUAAAUACCACGAAGGAAGCGAUGUCGUAAUCCACUCAAACUACAGCGGAUGGUACCUGAUCCACGAUGAUGCUGAAGAGGAAUUGAACUAUUUCACUGAAGACAUUGGUCUUAAUUCUUACUACUUCUAUUUCAUCCAUGAGUUCCCGCACUUCAUGAGCAGCGAGCACUACCAUAUGCUGAAAGAAAUCCGUGGAGAAGUUUACUUCUUUGGACACAAACAAUUAUUGGCCCGUUACUACCUCGAGCGUUUGUCUCACGAUAUGGGUGAAAUUGAAACAAUUGACUGGCAUGAGCCGAUCGUUACUGGUUACUACCCAACAAUGAAUCAUCCAAAUGGUCUUCCAUUCCCCCAUCGUCAUUCAUGGACCCACGUUCCUCAUCAUAAAUUCGAUUUAGUCCACGAUGCUGAACAAUUUGAAACUCGCAUUCUCGGAGCCAUUGACUCUGGAGUAUUCUAUGAUGCCAGUCACCCACCAAAGGGUGUCAAGGUUUACACACCAGAAGGUUUCAACACUCUUGGAAACUUGAUUCAGGGUAACGCUGAUUCAAUCCACAGCAAAUUCUACGGCAGUAUCGACCAUAUCUACAAACAGAUUCUUGGUUUUGGAUUGAAGCCAAUUGACAAAAACCACUUGGUCCCAAGUGCCCUAGAAUACUCGAUCACCAGUAUGAGAGACCCGGCAUUCUACCGUAUUUACAAGAAAAUAGUAAACUAUUUCCUGAAAUUCAAAGAACACUUGCCCCAAUACACUCAUGAAGAAUUAGCAUUCCCCGGUGUUAAAAUUGAGUCAGUAGCUGUUGACAAGCUUCUUACAUUCUUCGAACACUACGACUCUAUUGUCAGCAAUGGUAUACCCGUAUCCUCACAAAAGGAUGCUGAAACAACGGUUAUCAAGGUUCGCCAACACCGUUUGAAUCACAAGCCAUUCACCUCCCACAUCACUGUCAGCAGUGACAAAAAUGUUAAGGCCGUCAUCCGCAUGUUCUACGGACCUAAAUACGACGUACAUGGUCACGAAAUUGACUUCGCUGACAACUGGGCUAACUUUAUUGAACUUGACCAAUGGGUUGUUGAUCUUAAAUCUGGUAUCAACAAAAUUGAGCGCAGCAGCCACGAAUCUAUUUACGUUAUUCCUGAUGAAGUAAACAGCGCAACAUACUGGAAACAUAUCACUAAAUCUAUAGAAUCUGACGAACCAUUGACUUACAGCUCUCAAUUAUACGGUUUCCCAGACCGUUUAGUUUUACCUAAAGGUAAAAAAGAUGGAUUCCCAAUUAAAAUGUUCGUUUACGUAAGCGAAUACGAGGAGAGCCACGCUUUCAAACACGAGUCUCCAGUUUGGGGCAGCAUGAUGACUGAUGGAAAACCCUUGUCAUACCCUCUGGACAGACCUGUUGUUCCUUACGAAUUUGACGUACCUAAUGCACACUUCAAGGAUGUCGUUGUCUACCACAAACACGUCGAAGAACUUAAUCUUACUAUUUAUCUAACCAUGUCUGUUUACUCGUUGCACCCGUUCAUUAUUUUUGUAAUAAUAGCAAUAAAAAUGCUCAAAGAAGUGUUUUUAUUCGCCCUAGUGGCAAUCUAUAUUACAACCGCUAAUUGUACUUUCUAUUACACAGAACUAACUGCAGACAAAGAUUUUCUGCUUAAACAAAAGAAAAUUUAUAAUUUGUUUUAUCAUGCUUCGCAACCGAGUGUCGUCAAUGAAGACUUGUACAAACAAGGAUUAGAAUACAGUAUUGAGGCAAACAUUGACUCCUACACCAAUAAGGAAGCUGUAAACAGUUUCAUUGAAUUAUACAAAUUUGGAUUUUUGCCGCGAGGAGAAUUAUUUUCCGUCUACUAUCCAAAAUUACUAACGGAAACGAAAUCACUUUUUAAACUCUUUUACUACGCAAAAGAUUUUGAUACUUUUUUCAAAACAGCUCUUUGGGCACGAGUUAACAUCAAUCAGGGAGAAUUUUUCUGUGCACUCUACCAAGCCGUUCUUCGACGACCUGACACAAGUUACAUUCAACUUCCUCCACCGUACGAAUUUUAUCCCUACGCUUUCUUCAACUCGGAAGUUAUAGAAGCUGCGAAAAAUGUUAAAUUAUACAACAAACCUGACUCUCUUGAAGGAAAUUCUUACGUAAUUCACGCAAACUUUUCCGGUUGGUACCUCAAUCGUGACUAUGAUACUGAAAUGAAGCUAAAAUACUUUAUAGAAGACAUAAGUCUCAACACAUAUUACUUUUUCUUCCGUGAAAACAAUCCAUUCUGGUUGAGCUCCGACGAAUUUGGUUUAGACAAACACUCACGUGGUGAAGAAUAUUUGUACGGACACAAGCAAUUAUUUAAUCGCUACAAUUUGGAACGUUUGGCAAAUGGUCUCGAGAAAGUUGAAGAUUUCACUUGGGACAGUGAAUUUUACCCUGGAUACUAUCCGACAAUGGUUUAUCACAAUGGACUCCCGUAUCCUCAACGUCCUCACUGGAGCAAAAUUCCUCAAUACAAGUACCCAUUCCUCCAUGCGAUUCAUGAUGCAGAAUCUCGAAUUUCCGGUGCUAUUGAUUCUGGAAUAGUGCUUACUGCUGAAGGGAAACCAAUCAACAUUUACACUCACGAUGGUUUGAAUAUUUUGGGUAAUUUGAUUGAAGGCAAUGAAGACUCGUACAAUAAAAACUUCUAUGGCAGCAUUGACGAGUUUGCCCGAAGGAUUCUUGGGUUUAAUCUUGAACCUAAAUCACAAUACCAAGUAAUUCCAAGUGCUAUGGAGUCAUUCUUCUCGUGUAUGAGAGACCCGGCUUUCUACAGACUUUACAAGAGAAUUGGUUACUAUUACUACAGAUACAAAGAACUUUUGAAACCAUAUCCAAAAGAUGAGGUCGUAUUUCCCGGUUUGAAAUUCGAAUCUCUGACAACAGACAAAUUGAUAACUUACUUUGAUUACUUUGACGCGACAAUUAGCAACGGAUUGCCUGUUCAUGAUCAAAAAGAAGCUGAUUCGUUGUUCAUAAAAGUUCGCCAGCAUCGUCUGAACCACAAACCAUUCAAUGUAAAAAUGAUUAUCAACUCAGACAAACCUCAACCAGUAGCCAUCCAAUUGUUCCUCGGACCAAAGUAUGACGGGCAAUAUAAUUUGAUAGAUUUCACUGAAAGCUACCGAUACUUUUAUGAAAUAGACUACUGGGUAACUGAUCUAAAUGCUGGAGAGAACAAACUCGAGCGCAACAGCCACGACUUUUUCUUCUUGAUGCCCGACAAGGAGCCAAGUGAAAUUUUCUACAAGAGAGUCGAGAAAGCUCUAGAAGGCACUGAGCAGUUUACGUACAAAGAAAAUCUAUACGGAUUCCCAGAACAUCUUUUGCUGCCAAAAGGCAAUCGGGCCGGAUCACCUUAUCAAUUAUUCGCUUACGUCAGUCCAGUCACCGAUGUAAUUAAAUACAAAUCCCGCGUUUUUGGAAGCUACAUGUUCGGUCACAAACCCAUGGGUUUCCCGCUUGAUCGGCCAAUCUACUACCCCCACUUCCAAGGACCAAAUAUGUUCUUCAAAGAUGUUAACAUUUAUCUCAAUCUUGAUGUCGAUCCCAACGCCACUGUCUAAUAAUCAUCAGUCAAUUCUUCUCUUCCUGAGCAUUUCAAUGUGCAAAAAUUUUAAUUACUGUUAAUUAUUAAAUCAUAAACAUGUAAUCAUUUUUUUUAAUUUUUGAUUGAAAUAUAAAGCAUUAUUAUGUCAAAUAAAA